GCCAGGUCUGCGCUGCUGACAAGGCGCCGCCUAGGUCGGUAGUGCCUACUCAGCCCCUACUGUAGUCGAGCAGCCAUUUCAGAGGGUUAGCAUGGAUACCACCGAUAUUCCCGUGCCCCCUGGACCGAAUAGCGGUGAGUAUUCCAUUCUGUUGGUAUUCGUAAAUGACUUUUCGAAGUGGAUCGAGGGGUAUCCAUGUAAGACGAGACAGGCAGCCGAAAUCGUGCGAUACAACAACCAUUUCCUUGGGAUACACCAGGACACCGAGGAGAUUCUGACGGACAAUGGGGCAAAAUUUAGGGGAGAAGUCUUAAGGAAUCUAGUCUUACACGGUGUCUCUAUGCGUAAUACCGCUCCCCACAUGUGGCAAUCCAACGGACUAGUGGAGAAUGCCAAUCGAGUGAUUAAGACCGCUUUGCGACGCAAUAUCGGGGCAAAUGACACGAGGCCUUGGCCUGAUAUCGUGGACCAUAUCCUGGUUAUUCAUCGGGGGACACCCCACGAAUCCACGGGCUUGACCCCCUUCCAACUACGGACCAAUAGCCUACCCUGUGUAACCCUACUGAGCUUAAAUGAUGAGACGACCCUUCCGCGACGGACCACUAGGGCGACGAUUAAGGAUAAGGCCCAGCGCCACCUAGAACUGAUGGAAAAGGUCCUCCCCCGACUGACCCGAAAAAGACAGCGAAUGACACAAAUAGCCCAUGGGAAACAGGUCCGGAGUUAUGAGGCCCGAAAUGGGAACGCUGGGCCUCGGCCCCAAUAUAAAUUAGAGGACAUCAUGCAGGUGAGGAAAUAUGCUCGCCAAGGCAAGCUAGCGCCACGAUUCUUCGGGCGAUUUCUCGUGAUCGAGCUCGGUCGCAGUGGGGUGAACACGGUGCGGCUUGCGCUAGAGUUGUCGGGAAGUCGAUCGGCUCAUCCGAUCAUUCGACGCGUGUCCUACCUUCGUCCUCUCCUCCCCUUCUCCUCCAUCAUCUACAUCGUCCCUCGGUCAGGAAGAGGACGACGACUCUCUGGAAUCCUCUUUUCUCUCCCAACCAUCGUCUUCGACCCCGCCUCCAUCGCCAUAAGUUUUUCGACAGAGCAAGUGAUCAAUGAGUGUUUAAUGACCCCGAGGGGGCGUAUAGCGACGAUUCGGCAGGUGCAGCGACCUCGGUUGAGUCCCGAUCUCCUUCGAUUUGCAACCUUCUUCAACACAACAGCCAUCCACGCAGCAGAGUUCCGCUUCGUACAUGCAAGGGCGACACGUGUACUGGCCGAGAUCUCGGCUUUCCAACGCUUGUCCUCUCCCGGCGUCAGCCACGUAUCCGUCAUCGUCACUUUCACGGGUGAUAUCACGACGCUACACCUGGCGAUUUGCGGACAUCUAUCGACAGUUGCGGGGUUAGGCCAAGGAGAUCACGGCCACGUGGGUCAAGUUGUUGGCUCGGCAGGGGGAAAGGAUUAUGACCACGAACGAUAUAGACCUCCGACUCCGCACCUCCAGCAGCGCACCGGAGAUCCUUCUCUUGGAGCUCCUCCCCUUUGAGCAGCCCCAAUGAACCGUCAUCGUCUCU